GUGCUGCGCACUUUCCUUCCGUGAAUACAGAACGCUCAUCUCAGUUGCGCAAUUUCCGCAAGCGGUGCAGUGUGGGGUUCUGCUGCACUACACAGGGCUGGCGCAACUGGCUAGCUAGCUGAGCACUUGAAAUGGACGUGUUCUUGAUGAUCCGGCGUCACAAGACCACAAUCUUCACAGAUGCCAAGGAGUCUACCACAGUGUAUGAGCUGAAGCGUAUAGUUGAAGGAAUCCUUAAGAGAUCACCCGAAGACCAGAGGCUGUACAAAGAUGACCAGUCGCUAGAGGACAGCAAAACUCUUGGAGACUGUGGAUUCACCAACCAGACUGCCAGACCUCAAGCUCCAGCUACAGUUGGUCUGGCUUUCCGCGUAAAUGAUGAGAUGUUUGAACAGCUCCACGUCGAGGCCUUCUCCAGCCCCCCGGAACUCCCCGACGUGAUGAAGCCGCAGGACUCCGGCAGCACGGCCAACGAACAGGCCGUGCAGUGAUUAGCGGGGAGAGGAAAGGAGCGAAGGAUGGAAGUGGGUGGGUGUGGAUUAACUGCAGUGGAGAAGUAGCAGGGUGGAGGAUAAUGUAAUAUAAUUUACGUUGAUGGAUGGGGACAUUGUAGGUAACCACGCCUAUCCAUGUUACCUUCACGCUGUCACCCCAACGUCUCCCAUUCAGUUUUUUUUGUUGUUGAAAACUUGAUAGUUUCCACAUCACGUGCAGUUCUGCUCCUUGACUUUGCUCUUAAGCAACAACUGGCUUAAACUUCCCGAGUGAAUAUGUUGGUUUGGAUAGUAUGAGUGUGUGUGUGUGUGUGGGCGGGCUUGUGCGAGAGUUAUUAUAAUUAUUGUCUUUAAUAUUUUGGAAAAGGUGAGAGCGUAGUUGUGUGUCCCAGUGCUCUAGAAGUAACAUGCCUCCGUAAAGAGUCGGGUGUCUGGAUCGGCGAACUGCAUGAAGAAAAUUCUAAACAAAGGCUUUACAGACUAACCGUGAACUGCUGAGUUUACUUGGUGUGAUUCUCCCAGUUUUGUUGUACAUUUCUGAUUUUGAUUUCAUACCAGGAAAGAAAGUCUUUAUAAUGAUUCUACGUGGUCGAGUGUCAUCAUUUUGAUUUCAGUACUCGUCGGUUCUCUGUUGGCUUCAUGCUCUGAGACAGAAAGCCUCUCGGACAACAGAAGGACGCUUUGGGUCUGAGGACAUUCUGUCUGUGGCACACAGGUUUUCUGGUGGUCAAACUUAAUCACCACAUGUCCCCAACUUCAAUGUGGCACCUUCCCCUAAUCACAAAAACAUUGCCUGUAACUGUGAGCUUGCAUAAUUAAAAGUUUUUCCUGUUUUGUUUUUUA